UAACUGACUGUCUAACUGACUGUCUAACUGACCGUCUAACUGACCGUCUAACUGACUGUCUAACUGACCGUCUAACUGACCGUCUAACUGACCGUCUAACUGACCGUCUAACUGACUUCAAACUAACUUCAACUUAACUUAACUGUUGCUUAACUGUGUAUGUGGAAUAAACCUUCAGAAAGACAGUCGAGUUGUGCCCGCCGUACUUGUUCUGGUUACCCUUUCCAGAAGGGAGCAUUGGGCUGGAAAGACCAGCCAGCAGAAAUCUGGACAGUUGUAAAACCGUUGUCGGCGCCGUAUCAGUGGAGGUACGGACUGCCGAGCGGAGGACGACGAUCGUGAGGUACCAGGACGCUGGUGACGUGGAUCAGUCGUGAAUCACUCAACGGAAAAGCCGGAGCAAAGAGCUAUCGGGGCCGUUGAAGGAUUAAAGGAAGUGCCGCAGCCGAGGGAAAGGCUGUGAAGAUUGCACAAGGAAUACAAAUGCAAAGCUCUUCUGGGCAGAGAGCCUCACAGACUGUGACAUUGUAACGUCGACAGCUUGGGGCGUGGACAUUCGUGUGCCAUUAGUGGACGUGUCGUUUGCAAAGAACUGAAUCCUUUGAACGAGUCAUUGGCAACGAACCAGAGAGUCGACUCCAAUCAAUUCCAAUUCCGGAGUGAGUCAGGAGUUCAAAGAAGAAAAAUGGCAGAUGACAAGCCAGAUCUGGAAAGCCUACAGCGGAGGCGAUCAAAUGCACAGCGGAGCCUAACGACGCGUAUAAACCGCCUUAAUUUCAAAGCUGGUCGUCUAGGCACAGGAAAAUUGUCGCAAGAGUUGGCAGGGUUGGAAAACGACUAUGAUAUCUUCGUCGACGCCUGCUGUGAAUAUAUCGAAGACCUGGAACAGAUAGACUCAACGGACGACAACUGUGAGUUAAGAGACACUCUGGCAAAGAGGGACGCCAUUGGGCAAAGGUACCAUGAGACAAUGGAAAUGUUGUGGUUUAAAGAUGCUGAGCCAGUAAUAAGCACCCUCGUGGCACGGUUCAAUUCAGCUUUCGACCAGGCCGAGGAACUCGGCAGGAAAAGUGCACUACAGUGGUACCAGCAAGAGGCCAGAAGGCAGGGACUGGAUCAAGAACUCCUCGAACUCAGAGACGCUCUGUAUGUUUGGAAAGACUAUCGGCCAUACGGUGAAGAAAAGUGGAGACUCCUUUUAACAUUGGAAAUUAAAAAGAAGGUACUGAUGGAGGAGUGGGCACGCCGCCGGGAUAACAAGCGGGGAGGUGGGCUUACCCGACCAGUAACUUGUGCUAGUACCACCCCACUUGUUCACACCCACUCAGCUAUCAGGCAGGGCACCAUAGCUGGCACCAGUCCCCCUCAUCAACCUCCUCAACCACUUCAACAACCUAAUUAUGGACCCACUGUCAGCUUUACUCAGCCUCCAACCCUCACCAGUAUACCACGGCCACCAAGGUUUCACACUGCUCCCACCAACACCAGCAUGGGACAAAGGGGAACUGUGCCCACCAGCAACUUUGGUACAGUCACAGGGGGAGAAGACAGCUCUCAGUGGGCCCAACCCAUAGCAAAGAUCACACCGAUAAGCUUGCCUAAGAUUUCCGAGAGCAGGAAGGCUGAUUGGAAGAGUAUCCAGGCGCAAGCGGGUCCCACAGAGUCCUUUAAAGAAGAGCAGAAGAAACUGAAGAGUCAAGUGACAGAGUUACAGAAAGUAACGAAAGUCAAUGUCAAGAAGGUAGAGGAGGAGAGUAAACUGAGGGCCGAGAUGUCUGAGCUCAGCAGGGAGCUGAGCUCUGAAAAGACCCAAACCGAUGAGCUGCAGGAGACCUUGGCGCAAAGUCAGGAGAAUCUCACUGAGCUUCAGUCUGACUUCUACCAGAAAGAGUCAGAAGAAGAAGAGUCUACUCUGCAUCAAGAUCUCAAGGCACCAGAAGAAAGACUGAGCUUAGCACAGGAGGACUUGGCUACCAACACCAGCCAACUCCUGCUAACCACACCACUGCUAACUCCAACCCAGACAGGUUUGGAGGCUCAGACAAAAGAACUGAAGAGAAGCCACAGCUCAUUGGAGUCAGAGCUCACUAAACAAGAGCAGUUGAAGCACCUGAAUCACCUGGUGAUACUGUCUUUAGAGAGCAGACUUUCUGAGAAAAUGCUAACCCAGUGGCUUGCACAUGUGAGCAGCCCCAAAAACUAUGCCUUCCCGGGUAACCAUUUUGAGAAGCUCUUAUUGUUCCUGGCGCCUUUCCUGAAAGGCCAAAAGUCAUUACUCACAGGAGUAGAGCUUUUGAAGUUCAGCAAGCCAAUCCCCAUUUACACUUCUGAGAGACCCGGCUGCCAUGAGAAGCCGGUCGACUGGAGGAGGAUCCUAGAGGGAGUGGAGAAGAUCCUGAAAGCAAGGGGCUUCUACCUCAAGCCCUGGGUCCGGUCUGGUCAAAGUGGGAGGGAGGACAAGGCAAAGCCUGACCAAAUGACUCUCCUUACUGAAGGAGAAGUGGAUGUAAAAGCACCAAACCCAUUAACUCGUCGCGUCCUACUGAGCCAGAUCACUGGAUUGUACGACCCAAUCGAUCUAACAACACCUGUGAAGCAAAAAGGUGUGAUUCCUGUGAGGAAGGCCUCCCAGGAGGCUGUCAAGUUCACUAAGGACACUUGGGACGAGACCCUCUCUGACGAACUCCGAGGGAAAGCAAUCAAGCUGUUCAAGGAGUACACUCGCUUGGGGAGCAUCAAGUUCCACAGAAGCCUCACACCCUCCGGCUGGAGGGGCGAGCCCUGGGGCAUCACAUUCUCUGACGGAAGCUGUGAAUCUUACGGCGUCGUACUGUACCUGCGAUGGGAAACGUCAGAUGGCGUAGUUACCCGGUUGGUGGACUCAAAAGCCAAGUUAACCCCUUUAAACCAGAAAGGUAACGCAGGCAAAGCCAAAAUCUGUGGGGCUUUCUUCGCCACACGCCUGAAGGAAUACAUGCUGAAGCAUGGAAGAUUGACUGUAGAAAAGUGGUACCACUUCAUAGACAGUCAGACUGUGCUGGGAGCCAUCCAGCGAGACAGUUACGGAUUUCAAACAUUCUUUGCAAAUAGGGUCGGGGGGAUCCAGAAGGCUGGGCCUGUAACUGAUUGGUGGUGGAUCCCAGAUGAAGUCAACGUCGCUGAUCUCGUCACGAGAGGGUGUUCACCCAAGCGACUAGACGAAAACUCCGCAUGGCAAAAGGGUCCCAAGUUCCUGUCUAGUCCAGUGAAAGAUUGGCCUAUGGAAUCUGCAGCAAAAGUGGCGGCUGAUGCUACAGAGACAGUGAGUAAACUCCAGAAGAAGGACUUUACAGCAGCUCUCACCAGAACCCAAGCGCAGAAGUUGUUAAAUUCUGGUAGUGAAGGCCGGAAUCUCACAGAUGCAGAUAGCAGGUCUCUAGCAGGGCUCCAGUCUGCAGGAUAUGAGACAAAAUCGAUCCCUGUUGAGACCAAGAAAGAUGAGACAUUGUGGGGAGCCGCACUCAUAGUCCGAGUGGGUCUGAAAAGGUACGACCCCCUAGUUAAGCUUUGUGGAGGGGUCAGUCAUGCCCGAAAGGCUGUAAAGAAGUAGGUUGCUCGUAUAGGGAGAGCCCCUAUUCCAGCAAAGUGGGAGGUAGUACUGACAGUGACCGAACUUGAAACUGCAUUCCAAGAUCCCCUUACGUCAUCCCGCUACGUCAUCAGAGACACUGUGAGGCGGGUAAUAAAGAACAGACUUGUCGUCAACAAGGACGAAGCUUCGGGGCUCCUGCGGUGCUACGGCAGAGUCCAAGCCAUCACCUGGGGAAACCCCGGAGUACCCCUGGUCCCAUAUAAUGCCUGGAUCAGCACCCUCCUCACACGGGAAGCCCACGGAGCCAACCAUGAAGGCAUCGCUGGCACACUCCUCAGAGUGAGGUCCAAAGCAUGGGAAGUACAGGGGCCAAGAAUCGCAAGAAGCAUCAUUGACUCCUGCGUGCAUUGUCGAAAGACCAAGGCAAAGUUAUGCAGGCAACAGAUGAGUGAGCUUCCUAGUGAACGAUCUGAACCAGCCGCACCGUUUGAGCUAACAGCACUGGAUCUCUUUGGCCCCUACGUUGUCAGAGACACUGUAAAGAGAAGAACAAAGAUGAAAGUCUGGGGAGUAGUAUUCAGUUGUAUGGCUUCCAGGGCACUGCAUGCUGACAUCGUGGAAGACCUGUCAACGGAUGGCUUCCUAAAGGCGUACCAGCGCUUCACAGCUCUCAGGGGCCACCCAAGGAAACUUUGGUCGGAUCAAGGGACCAACUUCGUGGGCGCCAAGCCAGUUUUAAAGGAGCUCUACGAAUUCCUGAACAACAUCGACAAGGAUCAAGUCCAGAAGAAAGCAGCCGCCGCUGGGACCGACUGGUCGUGGGUGUUUCACCCAGCAGACUCUCCCCAUCGAAACGGAGCAGCUGAAGCAGCAGUCCAUACGCUCAAGAGAGCGUUGAGCAACAUCGGGGUGGAAAGUCACCUGACAGCACUGGAGUUCCAGACUCUCCUCUACCUGGCAGCUAAUCUGUCAAACGAAAGACCAAUCGGCGCAAGAGUCCAGGUACAAGACGAGACUGUAGGAGUCAUCACUCCCAACUCACUUCUGCUUGGCCGUGCUGGGCCUAGCGGGGACUCUCGAGGGUUCGAAUACCUGACUUACCCCGUGGCGUGCAUGAGAGCGGUCCAGAUCGAGGUCGACAAGUUCUGGAAGCGGUGGAGCCAGCUGGCGGGCCCGGGCCUCUUCGUUCGACAGAAGUGGCACGCACCCGCAAGGAACGUCACAGUGGGAGACUUAGUGUGGUUGGCUGACCAGAAUGCACUGAGAGGCCAGUUUAGGCUCGGUCGAGUUGUGGAGGCCCAUCCUGAUGCAAAAGGCAUAGUACGAGAUGUGAAGGUGAGGACGUGCCAAAGUUGUCCGGUUUCCAGUGGACAAGGUGGGAAAGGCAAAGAGAAGGAGAGCCGUCCCUCCACCAUCCUUCACAGAGAUGUCAGAAGGCUGGUGGUUCUGUUGCCAGUGGAGGAACAGAAAUAGAUUCCCCACCACAUGAUGGUGUGUUUCGGAAAAAGGGAUCAAGACCCCCCCUCCACCAUCCUCCACGAGAGGUGGUGGUGUGUUUCGGAAAGAAAAAGGAUCAAGCACCCCCCUCCACCAUCCUCCACGAGAGGUGGUGGUGUGUUUCGGAAAGAAAAAGGAUCAAGCACCCCCCUCCACCAUCCUCCACGAGAGGUGGUGGUGUGUUUCGGUAAAGGGCGUCACUGCGUCACCAAGGACAAUGUGAAACCUUUAUUUGUCAUUUGUAUCUGUUAUUCAUAUCGUGUGUAAUACGUAGUUCCCAGCGAUGUAGCUUUAUGUACCCAUUUGAAAGGUAAAAAUUGUGUGUGUAAUACGUUCAUACCCUGCGAUGUAGCUUUAAGUACCCAUUUGAAAGGUAAAAAUUGUGUGUGUAAUACGUUCAUACCCCGCAAUGUAGCUUUAAGUACCCUUUUCAAAGGUAAAAAUUUGUGUAACGAGUUCGUACCCAGCGAUGUAGCCAUUUCAAAAGGCAAAAUCUGUGUUUUGUGGCCUACUUGGAUUUAGGAAUCAGUAGGCCAAGUGGGAGGUGUAGAACUUUCUAGCAGGCAAAGCUAUUUGUCUUUCAUUCUAUUAAUCUGUUCAUUGUUGUAACUGGCAUCAAAGCACCGUUGCCUUUAAAGUGCCUUUAAGGUGCAUCGUCAAAGCCGUGUUUUGUUGUAUAUUGCCUUCGUAUGCGCCUUUGUAAAUCUAUCUAUCAUUAGAACCUGUACGACUUGUCGGUUUUACAA